AGUUCGAUCACACGCCACAAGUUACUUGUUCGUCACGCGUUCCAGUUUCGUAUGAUUUUUACCCGAGUUUUCCGCCGCAGUUCCUCAGCCAUGUCUGCCGCAACCGUUGCCGAGCUCAUCCCCCAGCACAAGGUGGUGAUGUUCUCCUGGGUGCACUGCCCUUUCUGCGUGCGUGCAAAGGAGAUCUUGAAGCCACUCGCAACGGACAUGAAGGUCUACGAGGUCGACGAGAUGGAGAACGGCGAGGACCUGCGGAAGCAGCUGUACGACACGUACCAACACGAGACCGUGCCAGCCAUUUUCAUCAACGGUGAGUUCAUCGGUGGGUGCAGCGACCUCCAGGCGAUUCAGAAGAGCGGUGAGCUCACAAAGAAGCUUGCGUAA